AUGUUAAUUAGCAUGCAGCAAGAUAUAAAGCAGCAAAAACAAGACAUGCUAGAGAUGAAAGAAGAUAUUAAAAGUACAAUAAUUAACAACCUCAGCGAGAAGUUCAAUAACUUAGAACUGAAAAAUGAGCUUUUGGAGAAAAAAAUUAAAGAGCAAUCAAAAAAACUUAAAAACCUAGAAAGACAGUGUAGACGUAAAAAUCUGAUUCUUUUUGGUGUUGAAGAGACAGAAAAAUCGUACAACGAACUGGAAAAAAUGGUAAUAAAUACACACAUAAAAAUUUCGUACGACACUUACAACAUAGAAGCUGUUAGAAGAUUAGGGAUAAAGGGUAAAAAAGUUCGACCGAUAGUAAUUACAUUCAAUACUUUAGGUUUCAAAUUAAAUAUACCAAAAAAACAAACAUAA